AAAGCAUGAAAUUUUUUUAAUCUCUACAGUGCACUUUUAUGCCUCACUGUUUCGUUUAUGUUAUGUAAGAGCCGAAUGAGUUUGCAAUUGGCGUUGUGUGGUUUCCAGUGAGUUAAAAUGUAUGAAUUAUUAUGAUAUAAUACCAUUUCUUUGGUAACACUUUAUAGCAACGUUAAUAACACUUGGUAGCAUUAUCUAUUACCAAGUACAUUGGAGCACCAUUUUAUUACUAAUGUGGUUAUCAUUCACUACAAUUAUAUACAUUAAAAUACCAAAGUAUUACCAUCUGUUAUCACUGCGCCAUUUUUAGUAAGGAUAAUGACAUAAAUAUUAUAACAUUCAAACAGUUUGAACUGUGAAAUAUUGAUAUCAAUAUAAAUAUAUUUUAUUUACAGGUAUUACCAUUCCAUCAGGUGAAAUCAGUGUUGGGUGUAAUGCAUUACUAAGUAAUUAAUUACUGUAAUUAAAUUACUUUUUCAUUGAAAAAAAAGUAAAGUAAGGGAUUACUCUUAAUUUUUCAGUAAUUUAAUGACAGUUACUUCUGAUUUAAAUGCAUUAAAUACUGUAUAGACUCUAGAAUAAUUCUAUAUAAAAGAAUAGUUAAUUUAAAAUCGAAAUUUAACGUCUAAUGUUAAAAUAUAAUUUUUUUAAUAAAUUUAACGCCGCCCCCUUAAAUUCUAUGGCCAGUUCAUGAAUAAUUUAUUAGAUUUUAUAUGAUUUAUUUGAAAGAAUUAAAAGAAGAGUUUCAUGUUUAUCCUUGUAUUUUUCAUCUGGUCAAGGUUGAUCAGGGAUUUAGAUAGUAAUUAGUAAUGCAGUUCUUUUCAGACAGUGUAAUUAGUACAGUAAUCUAAUUACACUGUAGAAGAUGUAAUAAGUAGUGAGUAAUUAAUUACUUUUUUAGAGUAACUUACCCAACACUGGGUGAAAUAGAGUUUGGGGUUAUAAGCAUUCCUACGUUUAUGUUCUAUAUAAGACAGGAACUGAAGGAACACUACAGUUUCAAUAUAGAUUUAUCAUUAUCGGACCAUCAGAAAACCAUAUAUAUUUAUUACAGCAUUAAACUUAGUCUGUGCGCUUAUACCAGUUACUCUCUGGGAUUCUCUGUGUUUCACAGCGUAAAGAAGAUGGACCUGUGGCCGCUCUUGGUUUGCAUCGUCUUCUGUGUUCUUCAGUCCUCCAGCAAACCCAUGGAGAAGAAGGACCGCGUCCAUCACGAUGCCCCCCUCAGUAACAAGGAGCAUGAUGAUGAGGAGAACUUCGACUACGACCACGAGGCUUUUCUUGGACAAGAGGAGGCGAAGACCUUUGACCAGCUCACUCCAGAGGAAAGCAGCGAGAGACUGGGUAAGAUUGUAGAAAAGAUUGACGAGGAUCACGAUGGCUUUGUCACCAUUGAUGAGAUGAAACGGUGGAUUAAACACGCUCAGAAACGCUGGAUCUAUGAUGACGUGGACCGUCAGUGGCAGGCUCAUGAUCUCAACUCAGACGCCUAUGUUUCCUGGGACGAAUACAAGAACGCCACCUACGGUUACAUCCUCGAUGAAGCCGACCCAGAGGACGGAUUUAACUACAGGCAGAUGAUGGCCCGAGAUGAACGCCGUUUCAAGAUGGCUGACCAAGAUGGCGAUAUGAGGGCCAAUAAGGAAGAGUUUACAGCGUUUCUGCAUCCAGAGGAGUUUGACUACAUGAAGGAUAUUGUAGUGCUGGAGACCAUGGAAGACAUUGAUAAAAAUGGAGAUGGUCUCAUUGACUUGAAUGAAUAUAUUGGUGAUAUGUACAGUCAAAAUGGAGAUGCGUCUGAACCCGAGUGGGUGAAGACAGAAAGAAAACAGUUUACAGAGUUCAGGGAUAAAAACAAAGAUGGUCGUAUGGAUAAAGAUGAGACCCGCGACUGGAUCCUGCCAUCCGACUAUGACCACGCAGAAGCCGAGGCCAAGCACCUGCUGUAUGAAUCUGAUGCCGACAGGGACGGACGUCUCACGAAGCAGGAAAUUGUGAACAAAUAUGACUUGUUCGUCGGGAGCCAAGCAACUGAUUUUGGAGAAGCUCUAGUCCGACAUGACGAGUUUUAAUUUUGGAAAGUUUGUACUUGAAGAGUGCAAAAUGGACAAUAAUUUAUUUUAUGAUUUCAAGCUUACUUCAACAACAGUUCGUUUGUGUGUUUACAAACAUUCCAGAUUUUCUACUGCGAAUCGAUCAAAUCCAGUUUCGUCUUUCAUAGGUUAUCGCUCACAGAUCGCGAUGUGUUUUCAUAUGCACUGAAAAUAUGAAAGAGUGUUCAGGUUGCCUUGUGAAGCUUGUUUAUGUAGCGUGUCGAUAUUUGUCUAAUUGCACAUUCUGGGUUUAUGAUGCACUAAAAUGUGUCCAUAUAAAAAGCAACAUUAUAGCUUGUCGUGCAACCCGACACAACAAUAACGAUUUCAACACUACAGUUACCAGUGGAGAUAUUGCACAUAAUAUGAACACUUUGUAUAAAGAAACAAAACCUGUAUGUAAACUACAUUUCUAAGUGAUAUCAGCUGUUUUACAACCACUAUAUGUACAUUUUAAGAAUGCAUGAUAUUAGAAAUACAAUAAAUUAGUAAUAGAUCAUCUAUAUUCAGAGUCUCGCACUUUGAAUCAUAAUGGACCUAAUUGAGGAUUAGGUUCUUGAGUCUGCAGAUGCACAGAUCAGAAUGCCAUAGACAUUAUAAUGAAGGUUUAUCAGAUAAAGCUGGAAAUUGUGCUGAUCAAUUAAAUACUCUGGGAAGUUUUUUUUUUUUUUUCAAUCCCCAGUGGACAGUAAGUACAUACUACAAGGACAGGUAAAAACUGAUCUGAGAUCAGCACACAGGUAUGGGUAACACAAUGGGCCAGAAGCGUAGUAUCCGUGUAAACCACUCUUAAAACUAUUCUUGCGCUUGUGCUAACCAGGCCAGGUGUGAUAACGCUACAAGCGAUAAAAGCUGUUUUUCAUGUACAUUUUGUCAACACUUUAUUGAUCGCUUUGUUUUUACUUCUGGUGCAUUGUGCUAGAUGGCCCAACCCACUAUGAAAUCUCAUUGGUCCAAAAUCCUGCUUGUCAUAACUGUACAUUAAACAUCAAAUAUCGUCUGAUAGGCUGGGAUUGUCUUGCGUCAGCGGCUUCGCAUUCAUUGUGUACAGACACCUUACUUUUCGCUUAACCUCUUAAACACUGCGUGGGGAGGCGCUAUAUGGCAAGCCAUUUUAACAGUUAAAAGACUGAAGUCUCUGGGUGCAUAUAGUAAGUUAGGCAUAUGUGGUAUCAUUUGAAAGCUUAGAAUCUGAUCUUUUCAGAGAAGAGAUCACUUUUGCAUUUAGUUACAUAAAUAACAAAAUAAGGCCUGAAAACAUUUAUGUCGCAAAUUGGCCCCACCUUGAGGUUACGUUGUAGAAAUGUUAAAAUUAAUAUAAAAGUCCGUCACAUAGCACGUACAUAGACACAUUGAGUCAUUUUCCGGAAGGUGACUGUACAGUUUAUAUUGUUGCCAUAAUACCACAGUUUGAAUUAUUUUCAAAAAUAUCACAAAGUGAAUUUUCUUUUAGGUGAGGCAUAAAAUGCAAACAUCACUUUUAUGUGCUGACCACUGAUCUGUAAGCCCCAAAUAGCCUCAAACUUUAUAUCAAAUCUUACCUUUGGUUGUUAGCUUUAAAAUUAGUUAAAGAUAUUACUUGUUUACUUGUUUGUUAGCUUGCUUGGGUUGUAGCUAAAUUUGAACAAAAUAUGAAGUCGGGUACAAAAAGUAUGAGAAACAAAUCAUCAGCAAAUUAGGUUCCCAUCAUAGAAGAUGAAAUGUUACACAUCAUUGUAAAGCUGGGAUUCUCUGCUUUCCAAUGGGAGCUCUAGACAGCUCAGAAGCCAAGAUAUGCAACAAAACAGUGUGGAAGCUCUCAGCGCUUCAAAAAAAGACUUGUUGUCUAUGGUUGAGCGCUAAAAUGCGUUAGAGCAUCACCUACAUUUUAGAUCAGUGAAAGGUGAUAGAGGAAAAAAAACUAAUUCUAGUACUUGCUGCCAUCCAGUGGCAUAAAUUAAGACUUUUUGCUUGAAAAUAGAUGACAUAGAACUGAAACAGCAUUCUUUUAAACUAGACAUAUAGAGAUUUCUUCCCAAAAAAAAAUUGUAUCAUAAAAUUGUAAACAUAUACAAUGUUAUUUAUUAAUUAUUGUACCAUUUCUUAACAUUUUGGGGGUUAUCUGUAAAAUUAGACCAUUUUUAUGAAAUUAGUCCACUGUAUGUGUGAACAGGGAGCUUUUAAAUUUGAGUGUGAAAAAUUUCAGGUGGUAGCCCAAACAUCCUGCAUAGUGUAAGAGGUUAACUUGUUGCAUCACGCCUGGUGAGAACCUGGUUUUAACGUAAAUCAUUGUAUGCAUAUCCCAAAUAAUGUCCCUAAUAAAUAGAUCAGCAAUUUAUGAAAACACCCCCAGUUCGAAGGGCCCAUCAAUUGCAACCUGUCAUUUAGACCUUUAUAAAGUGUUAGAAUGGUCAUUUAUGGACUGAACCACAAACCUUUUCCUUUCCUCAAGUGCCUUUUUCUAUCUUGUGCCCAUAACCGUAAAACUGCUUCAUGUUUUUCGUACCUUUUUCUCUCUGCUGUUCGUACAUGACUGAAAAUGAACUCCUUUCUUGACUUUAGUAUAUAAUUUGUGUAUAUAUGUUUGUCUAUAAUUGAAUGUGAACUGUAUUCAAUAUGCUGUGUUCAGGUAUUGUAAAUAUUGUCUUGAAGCUGAGAGUUUUUCCUCAAUAAAAUGUAUUUA